AGCGCUCUCCUCACAACGUUUUGACCCGCUUGCAGGUGCGCACGCAUUCCAUUUUCGUUACUCGCGUAAAUUUGUGAUCGCGCCGCGAAAGCAAAAAAAAAAUGCCGGCCGAUUCGGAACUAAAUUCGGUGCUCAUCCGGCGACAGGAGAUAAACGAGGCACUCGACAGCGGCCACGAGGUCAAAAUCAAGUACAGGGUGGUGAACAUUUUCACCGAGUUCCACGAGUUUUCGCGCAAAGAGAUCAAAAACUACGAGGCGACCUUCAAAAAGUUCAACACGAACAAAGACGGUUAUUUGAGCUUGGACGAACUGAAACGUAUGAUGGAAGUCCUCGGGGCGCCCCAAACUCACCUCGGUCUCAAGGCAAUGAUCAAAGAGGUAGACGAAGAUAACGACGGGCGGUUGUCCUUUCACGAGUUCAUGAUGGUGUUCCGCAAGGCGCGUGCGGGGGAGCUUGAUGAAGAAUCGGGAUUGGGUCAGCUGGCCCGUCUGGCGGAGGUCGACGUCGAGAAAGUAGGCGUCACGGGGGCCAAGGAAUUUUUCGAAGCCAAGAUCGGCGAACUGUCGAAGAAGAGCAAAUUCGAAGAGGAAAUACGCCAGGAACAGAACGAACGGAAGCGGAUGGAGGAGGAGAGGGCGACGAGGAGGCAAGAAUUCCUGCAAAAGGCGUCGGUAUUCAAGACGGCUUAGAGGUUCUUUUAAAAAUGUUAAUAUGUAGCAAUUUAGGGACGAUAUGGUUAUUUGAUGUUUUAGUCUCUUAUAAUUUUUUUAUUAUUACUUUGACUGAUAGUAAUUUAGGGUAUAAAUCAUAUUGAUCGGGUGCCCGCUCACGUUACCAUUUAAAACUGGCGCCUAAACCAAGGACGAAUUUAGACAUGUAAAUGUAUAGUUUUUCUAGUAAUUGUGUAAAUAUUACGACUACUUGGUAAAUAA